AUGACGUAUUUUAAACGUGAAAAGCACAUUAACAAUGAAGUCCUAAUAGUUGGUCAUCCACAGCACACCUUUGAAAGGUCUUCUCUCAGCCCUCUGCUGGACAUCUCAUGGUACCUGAUUACUGGAAACCACGACCACAAGGGCAACAUCUCAGCUCAGAUGGCCUACUCAUGGAAUUACCCAGGUCUAUAUUAUGAUCUCCAGUAGAGCCAGCCUUCAGGACCAAAGAACCCCAGAGACGCAGAUCAACACUGGAACUGGAUCAGGUCUAAACUGGCCCGCAGCAGGCGAGCUGCCAUGAAGUGGCACAUUAUAGAGAGACUAAAAAACAUCAGCCAUAAGCAUUUCAUCAAAGAGCAUGAUGGGAGCUCGUAUGUCGUCAGUGGGAGUGGCUCGUCAGCCACCACUCACAGGGACAGUGUUCCUCUCUCCUGGCAGCUCUACUCCAGUCCUGUCAACACAGCAGGAGGCGUGGCUUACUUCCAGGUCACUGAGCAUCAGAUGACGGUCAGUUUCAUGCAGACUGAUGGGAGAUGUGUUUACCAGGCCUGUCAUCCACAGUGGUUCCUUCUGAUGGAGCAUCCAGGGAACUACGGCUUCACUAGAGGAACAGUGUGUAACGUUUAG